CAACACUUAGUGAUUGUCGUAACGUUUGUUACAAAUGACCCAUAGAUUGUAAACGAAGAGUCGGCUUUGAAACGACAAUAGAUUUUUGGGAAUCAAAACAAUAGACAAACAAAAAUCAAGUGAUAAUCCAUGGGUUCUUCGCGCAGACAUCGGUCGCGGUCUAAGUCGAGGGACAGAACCGAUAAAAGUGAUCGAAAUCAUCGGUCAUCUGACCGCAGACACAAAGAACGMGAGUCCGCGACGACUUCGGCCUCCGGAUCACGAAAAAGACUGAGAACUGACACCACCUCUGAUGAGGAACGGGUCGAUAGAAAUGAUAAGAAAUUAAAGGUAAAGGAAGUUAAAGAUAGAGAGAAAACUAGUAACUCUUCAGUUAACAAAACUACUAAAUUAGAUCCAAAGAGCUCCGAUGGGAGCGACAAAAGUCACAGAAGGGAUGGUCAUCACAGCAAAGAUGAUAAUUUGCAAACUGAAGGCUCAAAUACAGAAUCUCUUUCAAUUGAAGAGACAAAUAAAUUAAGAGCGAAAUUGGGUUUAAAGCCCUUAGAUGUGGGAUCGAGUGGUGACAACAACAAAGAUAAAUCAAAUGAGUUGAGAAUAGAGCCGUUGAAGACCGAAGAGGUAUUUAUUAAGACAGAGAAGAUUAGCGAUAAAAUAGAAGCGGAAAAGAUUAGGGAAAAGAUUGAGACGCAGAGGAAUAAGCGAAAGAUGGUCCAGAAACUGAAAAAUGUCAAGUCUUUGGGUGAAAGUGACGACGAGAUCGACAAUACAAGUGCUUGGGUUAUCAAGACUCGCAAACUGGAAGAAGAAAAAGAAAGGGCUCAACAAAGAGCCAAACUAUUGGAGGAAAUGGAUGAAGAGUUUGGUGUGAAGUCGAUUAUUAAUGAGGAAUUGAUACGAAAGAAAGCAAAUGCUUAUUCUGGCAAAAAUUUAACCGGUCUUACAGUUGGACAUAAAGUUGACUCAUUCAAAGAGGGACAUCAAUUGAUUUUAACGCUUAAAGAUAAUGACGUGUUGGCUGAAGACGACGAUGUCUUAGAGAAUGUGAAUUUAGUAGACGACGAAAAGGCCAAUAAAAAUAUUGAAAAUAAGUUGAAACGACCCGAUUAUAAACCAUACGACGAGCCAGAGUUGGAUGAGUUCGGUAUACUUAAGACUAAGUCAUUGCUUUCGAAAUAUGAUGAAGAACUGGAAGGACCUAAAAAAGAGUCGUUUAAAUUGGGUAUUAGUGCUGAGAAAAAGGCAAAUGAUAUCGAAUUGAUUAGAAUGAAACUGAAACAAGAAGAGGGAAAGAUUACAUUGUUUACAUCAAAACCAAAGAUUGCCAGCGAAUACUUUACUGAAGAAGAAAUGAUUAAAUUUAAGAAACCAAAAAAAAUACGAAAGGUUUUGCGCAAAAAGACCGAUACAUCAAAAGAUAUAAAUGAAAACUUGUUUACUGAUCUGACACAGAGUAUUGAUCACGGAUCCAGAAAGAGCCGAAAAAGACAUCAAAGCGAUGAAAUUGAUGUCAAACCUCAUGUAAGCGAUAUUAAUAAUGGAAAUCCGAAUCUUAAACAAGAGGUUCGUUCAAAAGGAGGUCUUAAUUUUGAUAAUAUGGACAUCGAUGAAGAUGUGUUUGAUCCUUCAAAUCAAGACUUAAGUGAUGUCAUCAUAGAAGAAGAUGAAGCAGAUAAAGAACUACAGAUGGCUUUACAUAAGUCACGAAAAUUAAAGCAAAGAUUUGACGCCGAGUCGACCACUGGUGCCGCCAGUAUUGCCAAAGUGGCCGAAACUGUUAAAAGAUUAAAUGAAAAUUUAAACGAUGACAUCGAUGUUCCUUCUGUUUCUUCCUCUAAUAUUAUAUUGAAUUCUACGGCAGAGUUUUGCCGCAAUUUAGGUGACAUUCCUACCUAUGGUCUCGCAGGUAAUAGAGAUGAUGACGAAGAACUUAUGGAACUCAUGGAACCAGAAGAAGUGAAUGAAGUUCUCAAUACUGAAUACGACACUACUAUUAGAGGCAAAUGGAAUGAAGUGGAAGUCAGUGAACAAGACGUGGCCAACGAGUUCGAAGAAACUGAAGGCCAACCUAUUCUUGAAGAAGAACCAGAUGUCACUAAAGGCUUAGUCGGGGCACUCAAGUUAGCGAUGAAAAAGGGAUAUCUCGAUAAAGAAGUCAACAAACAUGGAAGUUCUUCGCGACAAAAGGCAGUACUAGAAGCCCAGUCGUAUACAAUUGAAGAGAAAUUUUAUGAAGACGAUAAAAUAGGACGAAGGGAACGAUAUUCAGGACCAGUUUCUGAGUUUAGAGAAAAAUCCGAUUAUAAGCCAGAAAUCAAAUUGGAUUACGUCGACGAAAAGGGCAGAGUUCUCGACCAGAAAGAGGCGUUCAGACAUUUGUCGCACAAAUUUCAUGGAAAGGGUCCCUCAAAAAAUAAAAUCGAUAAACGCAUGAAAAAGAAGGAACAGAUAAGUAAAUUACAACAAAUGAGUUCAACUGAUACUCCAUUGAAUACAUUAAAAAUGUUAACCGAAAAGCAAAAAGAGUUACAAACGCCUUAUUUAGUGCUUACCGGCGGACAAAAGACACUUCAGACUAUAUCAAAAACAAAAUAAUCGCAUCGCUUCUUACACUAUACCUCACGAAAUAUCACAUAACCGU